AUGACUACUUCGCUCUUCUCCACAACCUCCACAUGGGACCUGGUGAGCCCCAGCGGGUUCCCGGCCGACACCCCCAAGUCCUCUCCUGAGCACCUGGCUAAGCGUGCGGGUGCCCUACUGAAGGGCAUCCAUGCGCGGUACCGACAGCUGUGUGUUCACUCAAUGAAGCUGCAAAGCUUUAAGGCGAACCCGCUGGGCGGUGCCAUGUGCGAGGACAUCGAAUACAAGAUGCACCAGAUGGCGCUGAUGAUUCGCAGCCAGAUGCACGACCUGGCGCGUGUCGAGGCGGAGUUUUCCGAGCUGCCCCUGGACGUGCUGCGCGAGCAGCAGCUGAAGCGCGACGUUCCGUCGUUCAACGAGCCGUCGGCGAUCAGGAACACUAUUCUGAAGGAGGUCAUUGAGUUCUAUGGCAACGACUUGCCACGCAUCGAGCAGAGCUCGCUGCUCAAGGGCUUCAGCAGUGUUCACUAA